AUGGGGUUCAUCGGCGGCGGCGGUGACAAGGUGCACCACCACCACCACCACCACAGCCACCAGAAUCAUCUGAGUUUUCACUUUCUGAAGAAGGAAGCGAUGGACAUCCCAAAAGGGUGUAUGGCGGUGAUAGUGGGCCAGGGCGAGGAGCAGCAGAGGUUUGUGAUUCCGGUGGUUCACAUCAACCACCCGCUCUUCAUUCAGCUGCUGGAGGAAGCCGAGAAGGAGUACGGUUUCGACCACGACGGUCCGAUCACUAUCCCGUGCCACGUGGAGGAGUUCCUCGCCGUUGAGGGCUUGAUUGAUAAGGAGAAGUCGGCGGUCAACUAUGAGCAGCACCACCACCAUCAUCAUCACCAUGUGUGGUGUUUUAGGGCUUGA